UUCAGUGAACAGCUGACAGUGAUGGUCAUUUUCGUCUGACAAUUGCCUGGUUUUUUGUUUCUUGUGUCAGAGUUACAGUAAAGUGCACCGAAUCCGAAUACAGAAUUACCGGAAAUACCUCUAAGCAGGCGGCACGCUGAACGUGAACAACGAACUCAUUGAAAAUGUCUGAAGUUCGGGCCAUGGAGCAUUCCACCUUGAAGGUGCCGUACGAAGUGAUCAACAAGAAGUUUCGGUUGGCGCAGAAAACAUUGGACCGUGAAGUGAGCCAAGUUCAGAAUGCUGCGACGGAGAUGGAAAAAUGUCUGAAACCGGGAGCCUCGGUCGGUGAGAUUCGCAAAUUGCUGGGCGGCGUGGUGGAGCGUCUGCAGGUGCUGAAACGCAAGGCGAACGAAUCGAUUUCGGACGAGCUGUCCGCGUCGUAUGUUUGCAAGCGAAGACUGGAGCACUUGAAAGAAAGUGCUGCCUCCGAACAACCAUCGAAUUUCGAGGUGUGGCAGGCAAAUAUCGAUAACUGGAAGAGGAUUCGUAUGGAUCGUAUGAUAAUCGAACAUUGCCUCCGCUAUGGAUUCUAUGAAUCAGCUGAAAGACUAGCCAACAGAACUGGUAUUAAGGAUUUGACAAAUUUAGAAAUAUUCCAAGUAGCACGCGAAGUCGAGGGAGACCUACGCAACCGUAAAACCGCAAAGUGUAUAAUGUGGUGUAACGAGAACAAAUCGAAAUUGCGUAAAAUUAAUUCAACUCUUGAAUUUCAACUACGCGUUCAGGAAUUUGUAGAGCUGAUACGUGACCGUAACCGCAUGGAGGCAGUUAAACAUGCACGAAAAUACUUUCCUGUUUUUGAGAAGGAUCAACUGAAGGAGAUUUGCCAAUGUAUGGCAUUGUUAGCAUUCCCAGUAGACACAGAUAUUGAACCCUAUAAAGGACUAUUCAACCCCGAUCGUUGGGAUGAGUUGGUAUUGAACUUUAGAAACGAAAAUUAUCGUCUGUUUAACUUAUCCGCCCAGUCCUUGUUGGGCGUAACUGUUCAAGCAGGACUGUCCGCUUUGAAAACUCCACAAUGUUACUCAGUAUCUUCGAAAAAUCCUAACUGUCCGGUUUGCGAAGAGGACUUCAAUGAGAUUGCUAAGUGUUUGCCAUAUUCACAUUGUGCACAGAGCAGACUGAUUUGCCGCGUAACCGGUCUUCCACUAAACGAACACAACCUUCCGAUGAUGUUGCCCAAUGGACAAAUCUAUGGACAGUUGGCUAUUCCUCAAAUUACUAAAGAUGACGGCACCAUAGUGUGUCCUGUAACGAAAACGCCAUUCACCGAUCCGAAAAUCGAGAAAGUUUUCAUCAUGUAGUAGCUCUACGUGGCGCUGCAUUUAGAAUUACCCAUGGAUUAGCAUCUCACCCCCUACAAUCACAGCUUUUUAUAAAUGUGUAGAAAGAAAAGUUUAUUUCAAUAUGAAUACCCUGAAAGAGCCUCCUCCCCUCUUCUAUUUGAUUUUCCAUUUUCUACGAUCUUUUUACAUUUCAUAUUCGUUUUAUUUCUUAAGCAUUUUUAUAAUGUAGGAAUGAAGUAGGUUGUUCUCUUUAUUUUCUUUUGAUUUGAAUUGUUUUCAUUGAAUUUAACGUUUUUGUGUGUGCUAUGUACAGAAUAAGCGAUAUUAUGAGUAAACGAUAAUUUAUAAGGAACUACUCGAUAAUAAAAUGUAUGAUGAAACUGAA